UGCCCAGCUGCUUCCGCCUUCCGCUGGCAGCCAGCGAGCCGUUGGUCGGGUGCUCCAUCUUCGUGACUCCAUCUUCAUGCAACUUCGCGCCUAAACGCGCUAGAAUUCGACGAAUGUUUUCAAGCGUUUCGAGAUAACUUUGAUAUUUUAGUGACGUUCGCAGGCAGGCUUGUGUCUACGGUCGAGAAAUAGCACGUAGACUACCUCAAAUUACUUUUGAACAUUCAACGUUCUCGUGUUACUCCGUGAGAUGAACCAGUCGGGAAGUACCUCCAGACCGGGCACUGCCACUAGCAACGUAAUGUAUACCCCGCGCACGCCGCGAAUGCGUCAGCGAGAACGAUUCAACCUGAGCACCAGGCCAGAGGAGGACAUGAACGACGGGCUGGAAGAAUUAGUAGGCCAAACAUGGAACAUUUAUGCAGCGUCAGCUCUGUUUGGAAUCCAACAAGACGACGUUCACUUCAAACUGUACUCCAAGAAAUUAAGAGAAGAGGUUGCAACCACCCUGUUACGUGAAGAUGUAGCUUACGAUGCAAAGUUUUCCAUUAUGGAUAAUUUUAUCUCUGGACCAAACACUGAAGAUCCAGUAAUCAAGAUUGAAGUAAUAGCUAAAACCAAUGAUCGUGAGGAAGCUGUCGAGAAAUCCAUUUAUAAAGGGAUAUUAUUAUCCUGGAGGAUAACACAGUCUGAAUCAAAUAUACAGAACUCUAUAAGAUUACCUCUUCUACUAUGUCGUGGCACUAGCAGCUGUAUGGACGCAGUGCACACUAUCAUUGGUCAUAUGUUUGAUUGUUUGAUAGUCACCUUAUCAGCUAAUGAAGAUGACUUGAGCUGGCUGCUUCCAAUUAUAAUCAUGGCAACUGACAAAGAAGAUCAGCCAAUAGUUGAUGGUGAAGUACAAAUAGAAUAUACAGUACCAGAAUUACCAGUUACAGAUACUAUUAUAAUUAAAUUUCACACGUCAGACCUAAGGAAGAUAUUAUCAGUCAUUGUCGAAGAUCAAGAUGAUAGAGUUAAUGUAUCUCUUGACUAUAAACACAUAGAAUUGUUUUAUGAAGUUUUGCAUAAGCAAAUGUUAACGCUAGGAGGUUUGCAGUUAGGAUUAUGUAUGCUCCAUAGGAUUAAUCUGCCUGGAGUAACAAUAAUGGAAAAUAGAAUGAAAGUGAUAAAUACAGAUAUUAUGAAUAAUGUAUUGUUAUACUUCAGUGACAAAGCUCUUGAUAUAUUUCAUACAGUACAUAUUGAUAUAUAACUUAUUUUAAUGAUAAUAUAUGAUUUAUCCUUUCGGAGUUUAAAUAAAAUAUUAUAAUUGUUGCAAUAA